UGGCGGAUUACGAGUUUCUCCGUCGUAACACGAUACAAAGCACUGGGUGGUAGAAAAACGGCCCGGAAUGUACAUUUUCAUCACAAAAUGUACGUACCGAUCUUCGGUCCCAGGCACACUGCUUUUCCGCCGGAUGAUCAGUUCAUCCGAAGUGGCGACCGCUCUACGGCCUUUCUAUUUUGCCGUACACCCGGAUCUAUUCGGACGCUAUCCACAGCAAAGGCAGGUGAAUGAAGACUCACUAAAGCUACUCAGUGCCCAUCUGGAAUCGUUGCUCAGUCAGAAACGGAUACUUCCCUCGACUCCCCGGACGCUUCCAUUCUAUAUACGCGCAUCGAAUGCGCCGCAAGAUCGGGGUACAUUUAAUCUCGUGAAGGUGCCACUGGAGCGUACAGUCGACACAAAGCUGGUGUUACGAAAAAUACUCGAAUCCUGCAAUCUAUCGACGGAGUUUGUCGAUAAGAUGCCUGCUGCUAAACAUAGCUCACUGUCUUCCGCGGCUUCCAGCACACACGAGGACGGUUUUCAACAGCAGUAUCAGCAAUCCUUUUACUACCGGAAACGUUCGGAGUACAAUUUCGGCAAAGACGAGGAAGCUGACAAUCAGGAUGACUCGCCGUUCGAGAAGGAGUUUGAUCUGUUCCAAUUUAGGAUCAAGAAAGUGCGCGAAAACGAAACACUCAAGAAAUGGCUUCGGAAGCAAGUAGUAACGGCAACGGUACGCACGAAAGCCGUCCAGGAACUGCAGGAAGAGGUUGAGAAGCUGCGGGAGGAUGUAACGAAACGGUUGGGAUUGCGUGAAAUAAUUUACGACUGCGGCUGGAACGUGGAACACUUUCGCGGUUGCUUAAAGAGCCUGGAAAAGCUUGCGGAACUGCAUCCGGGAGCGUUAGAUGGGUUGAAGGAUCGAACGGUUGUGUUUGCCGCGUUCACGGGCGUCAGCCUUGAAGGGCAUGUGAUGCUAUUUACCGGCGAUGUACAGCGAAAUUGGUUGGAACUAAUCAAGACAAUCGAUAAACACGAUAGUUACCUGAGGAAAUUACCUGCAUACGAGUAUGCGCUCUCGCAAGUGCUUCGCAAUAUUCGCAUUGGACGGCGAAAGUUUAUGCCAAAAGCGCAAGCCAUGGCGUACGCAUCGCAUCUACGCAAAAUAACGACCGCACUGUUGGAUUAUCUUGGCAAAUCAAAGUUUCCAACAUCAUGGCCCAUGGAUCUGUCCCAGUUCGAGCUGGUGGUCGAAUCGGAAGCUGGCCCACUAAUGGUAAGCCCUACCGGGCAGCUAAUCGUACCGGCAACGUGUCCCGGUUCGUUGCUGGUAGACUUCCUGACCAACCACCUGGCGGAAGCGCUCGAAAAGCAAAGUUCGUACGAUCGUCAGAAACACAUCGAGCGCGACCUGCACGCACGCUGUGUGGCACAAUUUCGGUUGCUAUCCCUUACGAAGGAUGAUUCUGUUACGCCAGAUCGAAUGAUCGAGUGCCUGGAGAAACUGUUAGCAAAAGGAUUGAAAGAUGGUCUAGAGCUGGCCGAUUUGAAUCUUACCAUUACGACGUACUACUCCGUACUGACCGAUGGCACGGUAUGCAUACCAUGGGACUGGAAGCAAUAG